AUGUUUCAGAAAUGGAAUGGGUCAUCAUUUGAACAAAGCAGCUUAAAAGAGAUAGGAUUGAGAGUGCAACUGGGGCACAGUGAUUUGAAAUGUGUGUGUCCUGAGCGUGGACACGUGGAUUUCAUAGUUAUACAUGUGAACGGAAUCCAUUGCAUCAACAUUGAUUUCUGUGGCUGUGACCAAUGUGUUUCCCAUCGUCAACAGCUGCUUUGUUGUGACUGGUAUCCUGCGACAAUCCAUUUCCCACAAACUGCAUGCACAAGGCAUGUACUCAAAUAUUUUCUUGUUAUGACAUGGUCAAGCAAGGUCUCGGGGCAUGAAUUUUAUACGACACUUGAGCGUUUGACAGACAAUGUGGGAUUGAAUAUUCCCAAUUUCAGGCAUAUUAGAAUGAUGAAGCAAGUGGGAAUCGCUUCAAUGGAACCAGGCGCACUUGCAGUACAGUGUCCUGCCUGUCCGCACCCUGGAAUCAAUUUACCAGGAGACUGGGAACAGAUAGACGUCUCCCUAAAGUUCCUGUAUGCUAUAUUCCUAGCUCUAGAUGCCAAUUUUUGCCUCAAGAACUGUUUGCGGUCAUCCGAAGCUGGUGAUCCUGGGUUGCAUACUGGUCUCGCAUACUUCAUGCCCAAUGAGCCUUACAGGGCACAUAUUUUAAAUAAUGCUAGCCAGAAUGAUAUAAGUUCAUGUAGCAGUUUCAAGACACUGGCGCAUGCUGAAACCAAUUUUUCCAAUGGCCUUCGGGCCACUGGUGUUGGGCUUUGCCUGUGUGCACGUCACAAAUUUGUUCGACCUGUUGGCGUUGGGGACUUGCAGAAGGGUGAACGAUAUGCAAAUAUAAAUUACAUUUUUUUCUCGACAAUUAUGCCGCUGUUGUUUCUUUCAGUGGUCAUAUCUUACGAUAUUGCAUGCCAAUGGAAGUUGAAUCUCUUGAAACGUAGGUUGGCACUUCCGGAGGACAUUCAAAUACCUGUGGUUACUGCCGUUGCUGUGUUCCUAUUUGCUGUCCCAAAGUUCCAUGCACCAGCACAUGAGGAGAAAUGUUUGACCCCCCAUUCACUCAAUCUAAUGCCAGGAGUGGGCUGCACGGACGGUGAAGGAAUCAAACGAAAUUGGACUGAGAUGAAUUGUGUGGCAAAUAGUACAAAAGAGAUGAGACCAGGUUCACGGCAUGAUACACUCGACGAUCACUUCGGGCAUCACAAUUGGCGUAAACUUACUGGUCUUGGUAAGUCCUCAGUCGCCCUAGCUGGCAUUCAACUAACUUCAUAUUAG